AUGCAUAUGAUGUUCCAUUGGCAAGCUACAAUAAUGGGACCAAAUGACAGUCCCUAUCAAGGUGGAGUAUUUUUCUUGACAAUUCACUUCCCAACAGAUUAUCCCUUCAAACCACCUAAGGUUGCAUUUACAACAAGAAUCUAUCAUCCAAAUAUUAACAGUAAUGGCAGCAUUUGUCUUGAUAUUCUACGAUCACAGUGGUCCCCAGCACUAACGAUUUCAAAAGUACUUUUGUCCAUCUGUUCUCUGUUGUGUGAUCCCAAUCCAGAUGAUCCUUUAGUGCCUGAGAUUGCACGGAUCUACAAAACAGAUAGAGAAAAGUACAACAGAAUAGCUCGGGAAUGGACACAGAAGUAUGCGAUGUAAUUAAAGAAAUUAUUGGAUAACCUCUACAAAUAAAGAUAGGGGAACUCUGAAAGAGAAAGUCCUUUUGAUUUCCAUUUGACUGCUUUCUAUGAGCCCACGCCUCAUCUUCCCCUGUGCACAUGUUUACCUGAUACAGCAGUGCUGCGUGUUGUACAUACUUGGAACAACAAAAUAGAAAUACUGUAUUUCCCCGUACCAACAUUGACUCCUAGCAGAGAAGUGUGUGUGUGAAAAGCUGGUUCUUCAGUCAUAACUUUGUGAGCCUAAAAGCAUUCCUUGUUGAUUUAAAUUGGGUCAUAAAAUGUGACUGGGAGAGUUCUGGUGGAUUUCAUAUUUCUAAGGACCGUGUUGCUGAUCCGUGAAGGAUUUUAAGUGGAAUCUUUUAAACUCAUAAUAGUUAUGAAAAGCAAGGUGAAGAACUUGAAGCUGUUUCUGUAUUCAUUUUAUUCUGAAGGACCUACACCUUAGGUAAAUGUUAUGACCAAUGAGGUAAACUGUACCCGCAUCCCGUGUUUAAGGUCUAAGUUUAACCGGUCAACAUUUAAAUGGAUUGGAGCUAUUAGUGCAUCAAGUGAUGUUGAUUUGUUUCAACUCUCUCCCUCCCUUCAUACUUCUUUUGGUUUGUAUGUGGUUUCUCAGUUAAUACAUAGCUAAUAGCUCAUAUUUUUUUUAAAAAUUUUUUUAACUGCUUAGGUCUUUCUGGAUGUAAGGGUAAAAAUCCAUUUGACAGAAAACUUGUGUAUAUUUAAAGACCCAACUGCUCCCCUGGAGCUUGUACGUUCAAGAAUGAUUAAUCUGUGUAAUAAACUGAUUACUACAGUCAUUACAUAUAACUUUGUGUGAAUAGGCUUUUAAUUUUAAGAGCAGUUUGUUACAGGCUAAAACUAAUGGUGGAUUUCUCUAAAACUCUUGCAUUCACGGAUGGUUGCAUUUGGAAGUCGUGAAGCAGUUUUGGUUUGCAUCACACAAGGCUGCGCACCUGAACAAGACAGACGUAAGCUUAAGCACUUACAUGAAAUCAGGAUGUGUAGUGUGCCAGGAACUCGACUGUUAAACCAAAUAAGCAGUUUACUAAAUGAGAAUCUGAGUGACAUUUUACAAAGCCUAAUGGUAUUAUUCCCACUUGCAUGGGACCUAACACAAUGUGUAUGUACUGUAGGUAAGUGAAACCUUAUGUAACUAAAAUAAUGGAUGUAAAAGGGUAAAAAAAAAAAACAAACCUACCAAACACAUCAGCACAAACUUUUCAUAAAAUGUAGCUUUUACAUAAUUACUUUGCACUAAACAUUUGCAAAUGUUCAUACAGUUUUAAAUUGUACUUGUAUGUGUCUUUUUUUUUUGAACAAAGUCUUCACUUGAAUCUAGUGAAAAAUGUAGUUUGAAACUUUUCUUUGUAUACAAGUGUAUUUGCCAGCAUCGUUGGUGUGACAGUAGGUGAGUCUGCAAGUUUAUCUCCUCUUAGUAGAAUUGUAAACAAAGCCAUCGGCUGAAGGAGGGGCUGUAGCCUCCAGCUCUCCCGCCACAGGGGUCUGUCCCAUCCGUUUUCAAAUGCAUCUUUACACUCUUGCACAAACGAGGAAUAAAUGUCCACUGCUUUUGGUCUAAA